ACGAUUCUUUUUUCAGGUAAAGAUGUCCUCGUUCGACCGUCGUAUUGAAGCUGCAUGUAAAUUCGAUGAUGAGCGUUAUUAUAAACAGUAUCACAGAUACUUCGACGUCCUGGCCCAAGUUCAUUCGGUUGUCGAAACAAUUAACGGCGCACAGAUGUUGAGAGUGUGGAGAGGCCGAAAGUUCGGACCAGGAGCAAGCGCGGAGAGGCGAGAAAGAAGGCUAUUUCACGUUACGCAGGAUUCCUUCAAGCGAUACAUUGUUCCACCAAAUCCACGAAUCGGAAAAGCGAUUGAAGAAAAUGGAAAAGAAUUACUGAUUGAAAUCGACGUUUAUGACGAUCAUCGUGAUGGUUUGAAGAAUUUAAAUUCCGGUGAUUUCGUGGCAAUUCAAAAUGUGCACGCGGCGUCUACGCGACAAACAGAAAUGCAAGUUCUUCAUGGUGGCGGAGCAUCAUAUCAACGUGGAAUCACAACAGUUCCAGUCGACUUCGAACAUGAAGCUUUUCAAAAUUUCAAGAAAAAGGUGGAAGCUGUACUGGAAACUGUUGCUUACGAUGAAAAUUUCACCGAGUUCCAACAGCCAGAAGAAGUUGCUGAAAAUCAUGUUGAUGAAGAGCCUCAAGAAGAAGCUCUGCCACGUGGUGUUGUUCUCCGAACGGAAACCUGCGAUUUCAUGGAUAUGGAGUUGGACAAUUGGCCGGAAGGACCGCCGAAAACAUUCGCUGAGGCUAUCGCUCGUGCUAAUAAUUCUCGAAGACCGAGAGAUCCACCACAAUAAUUAUUUGAAAUAUUUUCAGAACUUUUCUUUUUUUUUGUUGAAACAAAAUUAAAUGUUGUUCA